AUGGGCCUGCACUUCCCCCUGAGUCCAUUUACACCACACAAGUGGCUUUUGCUGCUGGCUGAGGCCUUCAACACCACAUCAGGGCCUGUGCUAUUGGUUGAGGCCAUCUACAUUACACGAGGGCUGGUCCAGCGCCUCAACAUUGCCGGCCACUUUCCAGGCCACUGGCUGGACGUCAUCACCGUCAUAGGCAGCCUCCUGAACAAUGUCGCCACCACCGCUGCCUUCAGAUCUGGUGCAGCUUUGUUGUUGGACGAUUUAAAAAUGUGCAUCAAAUAUUUUGCAUUUGCUCUUCUUUGGUUUCCUGGAGUGCUGCACGCACAGAGCACCACACAGGCCUGUGAUGCUCCCACACUGGACAGUGGCUUCUUUGCCCCAAAGCAAGAGACUUACUCUCAUGGCACAAAGCUGAGCUACACCUGCAACGAAGGGUUGGUCCAGGUGAAAUACCAGUGUAAUUGUUAUUACAAACUAACUGGUGCAGAGACUGUGAACUUUUACAGUGAUGGUAACUGGUGUGAACUACCCACCUGUGAAGAAGCGUUCUGUGUAGUGGAUCCUGCUCGAUAUGCUCGUUAUGGUCUUGUAAAAGCUUCAUCUGAAUACAUGCGGGAAGGAGAGACGAAGCCUUUUCCUUGUACAACAAAAGUCUAUUAUAUCAAUGUUUGGUGCACUAAUAGAAGAAUAUUUUUGAGCACAUGUCACAUCCUUCGGAGACCGCAUGUCACAGCGAUGCAACAAAGGUUGUCCCAAUUCAUAGGCUCCUCCGAAUCCGGACGCCAAAUGCGUCCUUCAUUUCCCCGAAUUUGA